AUGCAGCGUAACGUGCAAACAAUUAGGCGCAUCAAUGUGCUCCGGCGCAUACUGGCCCACCAGCAACCAACGUUGGCCGAAAGUACCGGACUGUCAUGGAACCGCAACUACACAACCAGCACCACCGGUGGCACCAUCCAGAUAGACGACGUGGAGAAGGAAAUCGAUAUACCGCUGCGCCCGGAACUGGUCCCCAAUGGGUACGUUAGCGUUAGUGAUACCGGUGAGGCAGCGCUCUCCCAAACGCGGCUACACCAUUUGCGCUGGAUGCUGCAGAAAGAUAAGCUCGGACAGGAUAUACUGUUGCUAGGGCGGCCCGGUGGGUUGAGACGCCGUAUAGUGAUGCAAUACUCAGAGCUGACGCGCCGUGAGGUUGAGUACAUACUGCUGAACCGUGACACGACCGAGAGUGAUCUGAAGCAGCGGCGCGAAAUUCUGGAUGGGACCGCCUCCUACCAUAAUCAGAGUGCGGUCCGAGCGGCUAUCGAAGGUCGCAUACUGCUGAUCGAGGGUGUGGAGAAAACCGAACGAAAUGUGUUGCCGAUUUUGAACAAUCUGCUAGAGAACCGAGAAAUGCAUCUGGAGGAUGGAAGAUUUUUGAUAGCGGCCAAAAAUUACGACGGAUUACUCGAGCGCUUCAGCCGCGAUCAGCUCGACAGCUGGGGUUUGGUGCGUGUUUCGGAAAAGUUUCGCGUGAUUGCGCUGGGACUUCCGGUGCCACGGUACCGGGGUUCACCGCUCGAUCCACCGCUCCGUUCCCGGUUUCAGGCACGCGACAUUGCCGAAUUACCAUACGUGGAGGUGCUAACGGAAGCGAAAGUACUUGCCGGCCCGCUGGACCGUCCGGAUGUGCUGACCAAACUCGUAUCGUUCGCGUUCGGCAUACAGUCCGCUUCGGCACUGCUACCCGAUUUUCCGAUCGAUAAUCUCCGGUACGCUGGUAUGCUGUUGCGCAACAACGGGACACUAACCGAACAGGAGUUGCUGCGCCGGUUCUACCCGUACCCGGUAUUUCUCGAAAAGGAAGGCAGCUCGUAUGUGACGGGGUUGAUGGAAUCGCUUGGUUUUACUGGUGAAAGCGACGCGUCGAAUUCAAUGGAAAUUGAGGGAGUUAGCAAACAGGCAGACGGACAACUCAGCGUACGAUUGCGAUCGUCCAGCAAGACGGCAGAAUUUCGCCUCCCUGAAGGCAACACAGGCCCGCUGGAAGAUAAGCGUCAGCAGUUUAUACCUACAUCCUAUCAGAAUGGUUUGCUGGCGGAACUGCUGCAAACCAUCGCGGUUGGCGAUCUGUGUCUGGUCGGACCGAAAGGAUGCGGUAAAUCGAUCCUGGCCGAACAGUUGUGCCGUUUGCUGAACGAUCAGCACAUGGAAGCGAUGGUGCUCUAUCAGGAUAUGACGGCGCGAGAUCUGCUGCAAAAGCGUACAACGCGCCUGAACGGUGACACCGUCUGGCAGGACUCACCCCUACUGCUGGCCGCCCUUGCCGGGCACGCAAUCGUGCUCGAUGGUAUCCAUCGGUUGCACCACAGUACGCUCGGCAUUCUCCACCGGCUCGUGCACGACCGCGAGCUGCAACUGUACGAUGGACGGCGUCUUCUCUCGCACGAACGUUACGAUCGGCUGCAAACAGCGCAACCCGAUCUCGACCUAACCGCACGCGGUAUUCUACGCAUCCAUCCCGGCUUUCGCAUUAUCGCACUGGCCGAACCGGCCCAGGGUGUUGGUGCUGGCGGUGCGCCAGUACCUGCACGAUCCGGCCCAUCCGGUGCCUGGAUCACUGCGGAAACGCUCAGCCUGUUCCUGUUCCACGAGGUGCGUGGAUUAAGCGAACGCGAGGAACGUCACGUGCUGGACACACUGUACGGUCCGAUCAGCGAUACGAUGGAGCAGAUACUGCGCGUUGCCCACCAUCUGCGUACGUCGCCGGACGCGGUGCAACAGACGCUCGCCGGGAACCUUUCCACCCGGCAGCUAUUGCGUAUCGCCCGCCGUCUACACCAGUACGGUGAGGAUCGGAAUGCGGCCGACAUACUGCAUGCAACGUUCCUGAGCAAGUUUAUGCCGAGCCUGCCGCGCAAUGUGCUCGAUGCAGCGAUGCGUCGCCAUCUGCCAAACUACACGGGUAGCUCGGAUGGGGAGGCGGACAGCAGAAAGCAACCGAUCAGGGUGGAACAAAAGGAUGGAAUGUUGUGGAUUGGGCGUACCAGUGUGCCCCGCUACCGCACCGAAGCGGUCACCAAGAUACCGGACAUUGUGUUCUACGACGUGCCGCAGCAUCUGCGGCUAAUGGAGCGUCUGCUGCAAGAUUUUCUGCUCGGCGAACAUUUGCUGCUGGUGGGAAAUCAGGGCGUUGGCAAGAACAAGAUCGUUGAUCGGUUAUUGCAGCUGAUGGGUCGUCCCCGGGAGUAUAUUCAGCUGCAUCGCGACACGACGGUACAGUCGCUUACGCUACAGGCUACGGUACGGGAUGGCAGGAUCGAGUACGAAGAUUCCCCGCUGGUGAAGGCGGUCCGUUACGGGCACGUGCUGGUGGUGGAUGAAGCCGACAAGGCACCGGUACACGUGACCUGCAUCUUGAAGACGCUUGUCGAGAACGGUGAGAUGUUGCUGUCGGACGGACGCAAAAUUUGCCCCCCGAAUGCAUCCGGCAAGCCCGCAGGUGAAGGUUUCCUCCCAACCCAUCCCGACUUUCGGCUGAUUGUGCUCGCAAACCGGCCUGGGUUCCCGUUCCUCGGGAACGAUUUCUUUGCCGCGUUGGGUGAUUUGUUUGCGUGCCAUGCGGUCGACAAUCCGCUGCCGGAGUCGGAAAUGUUUCUGCUGCAGCAGUAUGGACCCUCCGUGCCGGUGGCGACGAUCCGUCGGUUGGUCGAUGCGUUCGCGGAGUUGCGUGAGAUGGCAGACGCCGGUACGCUCCAUUAUCCGUACUCGACGCGGGAAGUCGUUGCGAUCGUGCGUCAUUUGGAGCGCUUCCCGUCCGAUGCGCUGGCGGAAGUGAUUGGCAAUGUGCUGGAUUACGAUCGGUACGCACCGGAAACGCUCGACCAGGUGACGGCGGUACUGUUGCGGCACGGGUUACCGAUCGGCGAGUAUGCGGAGGGUUGCGAAGCGUUGGCGGCGAUGCGCAGAGAACGCCAGAUACAGCUGACGGUCCGUAGUCACAGCGGGAAGGAUGUAUCCGGUCCGAAGCAUGGUAAGGUCGACCCGAACAAUGAUCCCCACGUCGGUGGUAAUACGUGGGCGGGCGGAUCCGGCGGCCGUGAUACGGCUGGGCUCGGUGGUAAGGGUGGUCCGUACCGGUUGGAUGCCGGGCAUAAGGUGCAUCAGCUGUCCGACGCGGAAAAGGACGACGUACCGGAGGCAGUCAAGCAGGCGGCCCGUGAGAUGAAUCGGAAAGCGUUCGAGGCGAAAUUGCGCGAGAUCCAGAUGAGCCCGUACGAGCAUAAGGUGUACGAGCAGUACGCGAAACCGGUGCGUCGACAGGUGCAGCAGCUGCGUAUAACGCUGCAAGCGUUGCAGGCACGCGCACGGGAACGCCAGUGGCAGAAGCACCGAAGCGCUGGCGAACUGGACGACACCAAGCUGGUGGAGGGGUUGACCGGUGAGCGGGCGAUAUAUAAGCAGCGGGCCGAACAGGACCCGGAACCCGGCACACCCCAGGAAAAGCCCAAGCGCCUGAAGCUGGUCGUGGACGUGUCCGGUUCGAUGUACCGGUUUAAUGGGUACGAUGGGCGGUUGGACCGCGAGCUGGAAGCGACCGUCAUGGUGAUGGAAGCGUUCGAUGGGUUCGAGGGCAAGAUAAAGUACGAUAUCGUGGGGCACAGUGGCGAAGCAGUCGCGGUACCGUUCGUGAACGAAAACAACCCACCGAAGGAUGCGAAACGGCGCCUGGAAACGAUCAAGAUGAUGCAUGCGCAUGCACAGUUCUGCUGGAGCGGCGAUCAUACGCUUGCCGCCACCGAGCAGGCGGUCGACGAACUCGCCAAGGAGGACUGCGAUGAGGCGAUCGUGAUCGUGCUGAGCGACGCCAACCUGGCCCGGUACGGUAUAACGCCUCGGAAGUUAAACAACGCACUCGCGCGCCAAUCACCGCGCGUACAGGCGUACGUCAUCUUCAUCGGCAGCUUGGACGAUGAGGCGAAGGUGGUGGCGGACAACAUGACCGCGGGCAAAGCGUUCGUCUGCAUGGAUUUGGACCAACUGCCGCAGAUAAUGCGCCAAAUCUUUGCCGCCUCGUUGCUGCAAUAG